AUGUCGUCUCCAUCCGCCGGUGCGAAGUUCAUUCGCAUGAUUGUCAAGAACGACUCCAUCAAGACUGAUCCUCAUGAGAUUUACGGAUGGCGCGCCUUCGCCAUGGCUGGUUCAGCCUGCUUCGGUGGCAUGUUGUUCGGAUUCGAUAUCGGAACCAUUGGUGGUGUACUUGAGCUGAAGGAGUUCCAAGACAAAUACGACAUUACCAACCUCGACAAGGUCGGCAAGGCCAAUUUGAACGCCAACAUCGCCUCAACUCUCCAAGCUGGCUGUUUCGCCGGUUGCUUCGUCGCCUCGUGGUUCGCCGAUCGCUGGGGUCGUAAGAUGGCACUCCAAGUCGCUGGUCUCGUGACCAUUGUCGGUUGCGUUAUCCAAGCCGUUGCCAUGGGUUCACUUGAGGCCAUGUACGUCGGUCGCUUCGUCGCUGGUCUCGGUGUCGGAGGCGCCUCCAUGGUUGUCCCUCUUUACAUCUCAGAAAACGCUCCUCGUGGUAUCCGUGGCGGUCUCACCGGUCUUUACCAAUUGUUCAUUGCUACAGGAACCUGUCUCGCGUUCUGGGUGAACUACGGAUCGCUCAUGCACCUCUCCGGCGGUGCGCAAGUCUACAUUGUCCCUCUCGCUCUUCAAGCUCUUCCCGCUGUUCUCCUUGUCGGCUGCAUGGCCCUGAACAAAGAGUCGCCCCGUUUCCUUGCCAAGCAAGACAAGUGGGAAGAAGCCACUACCGUCCUUGCCCGCAUGCGAAACCUGCCAUCGUCUCAUGCUUACGUCCAGGACGAGAUCAAGGACAUCGCCGAUCAGCUCGAGCACGAGCGUAUGCUUGUUGCCGGUGCCAGUGUUAAGGAUCUUCUCAAGGAGAUGUUCACCAUCCCUGGUAACCGCAAGCGCGCCCUCAUCUCCAUCGGGCUUAUGAUCUGCCAACAGAUGACUGGAACGAACGCCAUCAACUACUACGCACCUCAAAUCUUCGCCGCCCUCGGACUCAAGGGUAACUCGGUCAAGCUUUUCGCUACCGGUAUUUAUGGUAUCGUUAAGAUGGCUGGAUGUUUCGCCUUCUUAAUCUUCGCCGCCGAUUCUCUUGGUCGUCGUCGUUCACUCCUCUGGACUUCGAUCGCACAAGGACUAGCCAUGUUCUACAUUGGUAUCUACAUGCGUGUUGACCCGCCCGUCGCGGGAGAGCCCGUACCGGGUGCCGGAUACUUUGCCCUUGUCUGUGUGUUUCUCUUCGCCCUCUUCUUCCAGUUUGGUUGGGGACCAGUUUGCUGGAUCUACGUGUCUGAGAUUCCCGCCGCACGUCUCCGUUCCCUCAAUGUUGCCAUCGCCGCUGCUACUCAGUGGCUCUUCAACUUCGUCGUCGCUCGCGCUACUCCCAACAUGAUGGCUACUAUGGGUCAGGGUGGUUACGGAACUUUCUUCACUUACGGUUCAUUCUGCUUCGCCAUGUUCAUCUUUGUCUGGUUCCUCAUUCCCGAGACCAAGGGUCUGUCGCUCGAGAAGAUGGACGAUCUCUUUGGUAUCACUGAGCUUGUCAAGAACAUGGAGGCUGACCGCGAGAACCACGCCCAUGGCACUGAACUCGACAUGGACGGCAAGAACUCGACUGUUGUCCGUGAGGAGAAGGUCGGUCACUAG